GAAAUCCUCGUCCGGGACUGAUUGUGAGACAGAACGACAUUCGGAAUAAUACCUGUGCUAGCUCUCGUUCGCUGAUCAAAGCCCGAUCGGGUCGCGCCUCGUCACGAGUACCAAUGGAAAAUGUUUCAUUUCCUAUCCAGGGAAAUUUGUCAAAGGAUGAGUUUAUCGCUGUAAAUCAAGCCCCCCUAUCGUGCAAGAUAUCGUCAAGUAAUUAGACGUAAGUUUCCACCGUUGAUCUCCCACGCGAUUGCCAUUGGUUCAGGCGCCCCCCUCCCUCAAUCCCAACUUUCGGAAAAAAAUUAACCUUCAUUUUAUAUACAUAUAGGCUUGCAAGCCCCUCUAAUAAAUAUACCGUUCUAACGGAGAUUUUUCUCUCAAUGAGUAACGUGCCUCGUCUGUCAAAGUGGUGACAACUUUCGCUCAUCAAGGAUCCCCGAUCUGAUUCUUCCCUUCUGACCAGUUUCGACGUUUCACCUUUUUCGACAGCUUACCAUUUUCCACGGCUAACCAUUUUCGACAGCGGACCAUUUUCGACAGAGGACCCUUUUCGACAGCUGAACAUUUCCGACGGCUGACCGUUUUCGGCAGCUGACCAUUUCCGACGGCUGACCAUUUUCGGGAGUUGACCUUUUUCGACGACUGACCUUUUUCGACAGCUGACUCUUUGAGCAAUUAAAUUUUUUGUUGUGCGGAUUUUAGAGUGAAGUGAAGGAGUUAUUUGGGAAUUUGUGAAGUUGUGUAAUUUUUUGGGAAACUCUUUUUGGUGACAUGAAACUGAAAAUAUUUAGUGAAAACUGUUAAAUAUGCACGGGGCCUGGAAGAGUGUUUUAAAGCCGAUGUUGAUCAUCAGUAAUUGGUGGCGAAGACUGUUUCCGGAUCAAAUAGUAAAACCAGUUGAACCUGUUGAAUGUCCUACCACUUUUGAACGGGCUAUCUCAGAAACAGGAUAUGGAAAAUUUAACUACUUGUUGCUCUUGGCUGUAUUGCCAGCUGGAUGGGCCAGUGUUUAUUCUUCGACUUCGAUAUCUUAUGUAUUGCCUUCCGCAGAAUGUGAUCUUAAGCUCACAAUGUUCGAUAAGGGUUUACUUAACUCAAUGUCAUUUGCAGGAAUGAUUUGUACUGCCUUCGUGUGGGGCUUCUUGGCUGACACUGUCGGUCGUAAGAAGAUUAUGUUUUAUGGAUAUUUGUGUACUGCAAUACUCAGCUUUGCAAGUUGCUUCUCCCGAGCUGCCUGGCUUUUAAUACUAUUUAAAUUUCUAGCAGGUGUCAUAAUAUCGGGUCCCUAUGCAGCACUAAUGUCAUACCUGGCUGAAAUCCACAGCGAACAUCUCAGAUCUCGAGUAUUUAUGUGGUUGGGUGUCGUAUUUUCCCUUGCCAAUAUUUCUAUACCCUGUUUAGCGUGGCUGAUUAUUCCCGGAAAGUGGAGUUGGAAUUUCUUUAAUGGAUGGUUAGAAAUAAAUUCAUGGAGGUUUUUCCUGGCCGUUUGUUCAAUCCCAGAAUUCACAGCCUGUGUUGCUGUCUCGUUUUUUCCCGAAAGUCCGAGAUUUCUUCUUGCCAAAAAACGCCCAGAAGAAGCUCUCGAAGUCUUUAAGAAGAUAUAUUCUAUUAACACUGGUCGUCACCCAGACACCUAUCCGGUGAAAUGUUUGGAGGAAGAAGAAUAUUUUACUUCAUCGGCAGAAGAUGGUUUAGUGAAAAGCUUAAAAGGCAGUUGGAAACAAAUUCAACCCUUAUUUCAAUCACCAAAUCUUCUGAAGCUGAUACUUAUCGCUUCUAUUCAAUUUGGUGGUACAGUGGGGUCAAAUUCUUUAAGACUAUGGAUGCCACAACUAUUUUCGAUGAUAGAAACUUAUACAGCAGCUCAUCCAACCCCAGUAUCUGGUCGAACUGCGACAAUUUGUGAGAUGCUGGAUAGUUCAAAGUACAUUAAUAAUGUUAGCCCUAGUAAUAAUACUGUUCCUGCGUGCACAGAGAGUAUUGUAAAUUCGACAGUUUAUAUCAAUUCUAUCGUAAUUGCUCUGACGGGAGUCAUAGGAUAUUCCGUAGCAACUAGCUUAAUCACAUUAGUUGGAAAAAGAAAAUUAAUGGUUUUCUGCUUCGCGGCUGGAGGAUCCUGUUGCGGAAUUUUGUAUUGGGCGGAAGAUUCUAAUGGAAUUUUGGGAAUAUCUUCCGUUUUUGUGGCGUUAUCAAGUAUAGGAGGAGCCACUGUAACGAUAGUCAUCGUUGACAGUUUUCCAACUUGUCUGAGAACAAUGGCAGUUAGUGUGACAAUGAUGAUGGGUCGAGUCGGAGCGGUUGUGGGGAAUAUAUUGUUUCCUGUUCUAUUUGGCCUUGGCUGUUUAGGACCUUUCAUCAUGAUUGGGCUUGCUUGUCUAACAUGUGCCGUUUUGACGUUGCUUUUACCCAGAAAAGAGAAGCCGGCUUUGUUAGAACCGUAAACAUUACAGCGAGACUGAUACUGAACUGUAUGUAGAUUAGGAUGGCUCGAAAAAAAAAUUAUGGAAAUUAAAAUUGAAACUAUAUAGAAAAAUUCAUUAUGAUCCUAAAGACGUAUAACUAAUUUGGUGUCGAUUGAUGGAAACAAAAUGUGCUUUAAUAAAUUGUUAUGUCUACAGAUUUGACAUUUUCGUGUGUGCUAAUUUUUUUUUCAUAGGUCUUAAAAGUCUUUUCAAUUUUUUUCAGCUUUUUUAUUAACUAUUUUUAAAAAAUUGGGAAGGUUAAAACAUCUAGAAAUAU